AUGGGUCCGUUUCCAGUAGUGGAGCGAGUUGGGCCAUUGGCUUACAGGCUGGAGUUGCCUGAGAUUAUGAAAGCCUUUCACAAGGUUUUUCAUGUGUCGAUGCUGAGGAAGUGUCUUCACCCUACAGAGGAGUUAGUGGCUAGGAUUCCAGAGGAUCUUCAGCCAGAUUUGACAGUGCCGGCAGUGCCUGUGAGGAUUUUAGAGAGGAGGGAAAAGGUUCUGAGGAACAAGAGGAUUCCCUUACUGAGGAUUUUGUGGGAUUGCAGUGGUUCUACAGAGGAGACUUGGGAGCCAGAGGCAAAGAUGAAGUUGAAGUUCAGGAAGUGGUUCGACAAGCAGGUCGAGGAACUCUCUGGUGCAAGUAGGCCUCAGUUGAGUGACUUAGCUGGUGCAAGUAGGCCUCAGUAUAAGCGUUUAGUUAUUUGGGUGCAAGUGGCCCAGUAUGGAGCAGCGGUUGGCAAGUCUGGGUGUAGUGGGCCCAGUGGGAGGUGUGGACUUGUCUGGGUGCAAGUGGCCCAGUACAAGUGGUUUGAGGUGAUGAGUUAG